AUGUUCGGAGCGCGCGCUCGUAAUCCUUGUGUUGCGGCCCCAUGCGCUCCCGUUGGCUCCCCUUUCCUCCCCACCCCUGCUCAUGUGCGUCGCCUCACGUGGGGUGGCGGGCGGCGCAGGUUCUACCACGCGUACGACAACUACAUGCGCUACGCCUUCCCUCACGACGAGCUGAAGCCGCUCUCGCGCUCCUACACCGACUCGCUGGGGGAGCUGGGCAACCUCCAGAUGCAGCACCUAUCGACCAACUACAAUGGAAGCGCACUCACCCUCAUCGACUCGCUCUCAAGCCUGGCGGUGCUGGGCAACGUGAGUGAGUUCCAGCGGGCGGUGCGCUGGCUGGCAUCAUCGCUCUCCUUCCAUGCCGACGUGCGCGUCAACACCUUCGAGUGCAACAUCCGGCUGCUGGGAGGGCUGCUCUCCGGCCACCUGCUCGCACAGCACCACUCUCUGCUCCUCCACCCCCCGCCGCCCUCCCCCUCGCCCUCCUCUCGGGGGGCAGCUGGCAGCAGGGAGGGAAGAGAGGGGGAGAUGGAGGAGGGGGCCGAGGGGCAUGGAGCGUGGGCAUACAGGGAAGGGCGCGCAGCUGCAGAGGGGCACGGUACAGGGGCCGCAGCAGGGGACGAGCAGGAAGAGGAGCGGAGGAGUAUGGAUGAGGAGGGAGAGGGAGUGGGGGCGGGAGUGGAGGCAGAGGGGAGCGAGGGGGAGGGGGGGUCAGCGGCGUGGUACCGGGGCGAGCUGCUGGUGCUGGCAGAGCAGCUGGGGCGGCGCCUCAUGCCCGCGUUCAACACGCCCACGGGCAUUCCCUACGCGUGGAUCAACCUCAAGUACGGGGUGAGGGCGGGUGAGACCACGGAGACCAGCACGUCCGGCUGUGGCUCGCUCAUCCUGGAGUUUGGGCUGCUGUCGCGCCUCACAGGCGAUCCGUGCUUUGAGCGGGCAGCGCAGGGGGCGCUGAGGCGGGUGUGGGGCAUGCGGUCGGCGGUGGACCUGGUGGGGACGACGCUGGACGUGGCGAGUGGGCAGUGGGUGGAGGGCAACACGGGCAUUGGUGCAGGAGUGGACUCCUUCUACGAGUACCUGCUCAAGGCCUAUGUGCUCUUUGGCGACCCCGACUACUGGCACAUGUUCCAGGCCGCCUACACCGCCACCCAGCGCUACCUGCGCACACCCCACCCCUCCUCCUGGUACCAUGAUGCACACAUGCACACGGGCAGCCCCACCUAUCGCCAAUUCGCCAGCCUCCAGGCCUUCUGGCCCGCCCUGCAGGUGCUGGCAGGUGACGUGGCAGCAGCCAAUGCGACGCACCGGCAGUUCUUCACAGUGUGGGAGAAGUUCGGCCUGCUGCCUGAACGGUAUCUGUUUGACAUGGGGGUGCCGCACCCCACGGAGCGCUACUACCCGCUCAGGCCCGAGCUCGCCGAGUCCACCUUCGCCCUCUACCACGCCACCAAAGACCCAUGGUACCAGCGGGUGGGGCAGACGAUGCUGCGGGACUUGAAUCGGCGCACGAGGGUGGCGGGGGGCUAUGCGAGUGUGAGGGACGUGACCACGGGCGAGCUGGAGGACCACCAGCACUCCUUCUUCCUUGCUGAGACGUGCAAGUACCUGUACCUGCUGUUUGACGAGUCGGCACUGGAGCGGGGCAACAUCCACAACUACAUCUUCUCCACCGAGGGCCACAUCCUGCCCGUGCUGCCACAGUGGCACCACCCUCCUCCUGCUCCUCAGGUCCGCCUUACCCUGUGCCCCUCUUCAAUCUUGCUCUCAUGCGCGCUACCGCAGCUGUCUGGAUGUGGUGCUCACAUGUGUUGGUGGUGUGUGCUGUGCAUGUGUGCGCCCCUGCAUGCCUCCCUGCAGACAUCCCCCGAAGGACAAACCUCAGGCAACCUGACCAAGGCGUUGGCUUUGCUCUUUCGAGGAAGGACGUGCAAAGCAGAGCCCGCGGGGGACAUCGAGAACUGGGUUGCGGAGUUACAGAAGCUGGAUAGGAGCGUCUCUCUCCCGAGCCAUCCACGGCGGGAAAUUGGCGAGGAUGAGUACACGUGGUGGCGGUCGCUCAACCUGCCGCUUUUAGGCCUCACACCGCCGCAAGGUCCCGAGUCGCUGCACCUAACGGCGUCAACACCGUCGUCGUCUCGCACCGUUACUCCCUCCACCGGCACCUCCGCGCGUCCCCCAUACCCAUGGACCCGUGCCGCUCACGCCUCUCCUGCAGCCACGCCCGGCAGCAGCCCCGUGAGGUCGUCCUCGCGUGCGAUGCUUCCCCGCAGUCCGCGCCGAACUGACGACAGCAGGGGAAGCACUAGGUGGCGCGGGUCGGUCCAGCGCAGCCCGUUUGCUUCGCUGCCCCUUUCCUCGGCCAACGCACCCGCCGCGACCGCCACUCCUCGUGCCGAGAUGCCUGCCACUCCGUUUGCUGAGGCUCCCGCUGUUCAAGCUCUUCCUUUCCGCGCCGCAAGCAGCAACGCGGGUCCAUCUCAAGCGAGUGUUAGCGCGGCGAGUGAUCGCGACGCGUGGAGCCAUGGCGGGAGCCGCCUCGUGACGCCGCAGUCCAAGGCCAAGGAUGGGACGCCAGUGAGACCCCACGAGGCGGCACGUGACGCGCGCAUGCAGGCGGGGGUGGCGGAGCCAAACACAGUGCCGUGUGCGGUCAAGUCGCCGCUGGCAGGUGAAGCCAUGUGCGCGUACCGCGCGCUCAGGAGGAAACGCGCAAUGCAAACGGAGCAGGCCGCGGUUACCACGGACACGGGGACGGCGGAGGCGAAGGAGCGCGCACGUGGGGAUGUGACGCCGACUGGCGCGAUGAAGCGCAAGGUGGACGACGGGUGCGGCAGCGCGGGGUCACGGGAAGCGGUGGAGGGCAGUGCGCGGAAGAUGGAAGGCACCCUCGCCAUGCCCAUGCCCCCUCCCAAGCGCGCAAGGCAUCACGAUCAACCCCCCGUGCACUCGCCGUUCCCCCCCGCAAUGGCCUCCGCAUCCGCGCGUGGCCCCGCCGCCCCUGCGCCCUGUGCUGCGACGCCACCUGCCGUGGAGGCCGCUGGCGCAUCGCAUCGGGGAGCGCCAAUUGCGUGGCAGAGGGAGGAGCGCGCGGGGGGGGCGGGAGCGGGGAGCGAGGCAGAGGAUGUGGAGAUGGCGGACGCCAUGGACGAGGACGCCACUCCCCCCGCCGCGGACCAGCGCGGCGGGCCGCACGCCGAGAGGAAGGAGGAUGAGCGGCGCGGUGCGAAGGAGCGGGAGGUGGCGGGGGCGCGUGACGAUACGUCGGGCGCAGGUGGAGGGGGCGCAGCUGCGACUGGUGCAGUGGUUCCAUGGCGCAGCGAAGCGGCGGGAGCAGGGGGGGAGGGGACGGGGAGCGCGGAUGCGAGGGGCGGAGCGGUGAGGGAGGAGGAGGGCGGGGUGUGGCUGAACGGGCGGUGGUACAGCAAGGUGAAGGUGGCGGGCAAGGGCGGCAGCUCCGAGGUGUUCAAGGUGGUGGCACGCGACGGGCAGGAGUUCGCGCUGAAGCGCAUCCGCGCGGAGGGCGGCGCGAUGGAGGAGUUCAGGCAGGAGAUCUCCAUCCUGACGCGCCUGCGCGGCCACAGGGGCAUCAUCCACCUCUUCGACUCCGCUGUGUGCGAGGGCGAGCAGGCGAUCUACCUGCUGCUAGAGUUCGGCGAGAUCGACCUGGCGAAGAAGCUCGCCAAGCUGCACAGGGAGUCCGACCUUCCGCACGCCGCCCCCGCCGUGCUCGCCACCGGAUGCAAGAUCGACGAAACCGUUCUGCGACACUUCUGGCAGGACAUGCUGAGGGCGGUGCAGACGAUCCACGCGGCGCGCAUAGUGCACGCGGACCUGAAGCCCGCCAACUUCCUCAUCAUCGAGGGCGACCUCAAGCUCAUCGACUUCGGCAUCGCCAAGGACAUCCCCAACCACACCGCCCACAUCUCCCGCCAUGGCUGUGCGGGCACGGUGAGCUACAUGUCACCCGAGUCCAUCAUGGGGCAAGACACGGACGCGGACGCCGAGGCCGCCACGAGGCCCACGGUGAAGAUGGGGCGUGCAGCGGAUAUCUGGUCGCUGGGGUGCAUCCUCUACCUCAUGGUGUACGGCCGCACGCCCUUCCAGCACAUCCCCGGCUGGGGCAAGCUCAAGGCCAUCUGUGACGAGUCGUGCACCAUUGACUUCCCCCCAGUGGCCAACCCCCAUCUGCUGGACACCAUGAAGCGCUGCCUUGUGCGCAACCCCGCCCACCGCCUCACCAUUCCCCAGCUCCUCGCCCACCCCUUCGUCUCCAUCUCCAACCUCCACGCCCCGCCCGCUCUGCCGGCUCUGCCCGCUCCGCCUGCUCCUGCCCUGCCUGCGCUGCCGCCUCCUGACGCCACUGCUGCUGCUGCUGCCAUAACUGCUGCAGCUGCUGCAGCGGCUGCUGCUGCUGCUGCUGCUGCCACAACUGCGGCGGAAGGUGGGGGGUCCCAGGCGAGCAGUGUGAGCGGUGGUGCAAGUGCAGGGGCAGGGGGGAAUGGCAUCAGUGAGAAGCUGCUGCAGGACAUCUUCGCACAAGUGGCCAAGGCCGCAGGCUCCAACCCAGCGGCCAUUGGGCUGGCAACACAAGAGAUCCUGAAGCAGCUGGCGUCGGGCAAGGCGGAGGGUCUUGACAUCCAGGAAAUCUUCCGUGCAGCAGGCGCAUUCGCCCCUCCUGCCGCCCCACCUGCCCCUCCACCCAAGAAGCCCCCACCACCCCCUCCACCGCCCAAGAAAGCACCUCCUCCGCCCCCACCCCCACCCGGCAAGCUUGGAGGCAAGGCAGCGCCGUUGCUAAUCAAGAAGGGUAUGAAGCCCAAGGCUGGCGGGCCUGCUGGACCUGCUCCUGGUGACCUGGCCGCUGCUGCUGCCGCUGCUGCCAGACGAAGGGCUGAGGGCGGGGCCGUGAGGAUGAGGCCCCUGGGCGAGAAGAAGGAGGAGGGCGCAGGGAACAUGCCCACUCUGAGGUCAGGGUUGAGGAGGGGUGGCGGGGGGCCAGGGGGGCGGGGAGGGCUGAGCACAGACCAGCUGCAGGCUGCGAUUGAGACGAGUAGGGCAAGGUUGCGACCAGUGAAGAGGAGCGCUGAUGGCGCAGCGGAGAAGAAAGAGGAGGGCAAGGAGGGCGGUGAGAAGAAGAGUAGUGCAGUGCCGUGGGAAGGCAUAUUAAAGAAGGGGCUGGAGGGCAGAAAGAAGGCAAACAAGGACGAUGAUGACACCGCUGUGUGGGAGUGA